CUGCUACAACACUCCAAACCUCGACCUCACCUGCGUUCUUUAACUAAACACCACAAGCGACUGCGGACCACAGCCUUCGCCCAUCGCCCAUCUCCCUGCGUCGAUAUGUGUGGAGGGCCAGCAUGGAAGAGAGAAGCAGUACUAGACCACAAGUUCGACUUCGUGGACGUCAGAGAAUUCACAGAUAAUGGCUUUGGCAUGCGAAUGAAGUAUCUCUGGCUCUACGUAGUCGUGCUCAAGUCCUUCCUCGUCUACGUCUCCGAUAUCUUCACCGCCGUCACCAUGUUGACCACUGACGGUUGGUCCAACGAGACGUUGGAAAGCUGUGAGCACCAGCAGAAUAGCAACUGCCUCAACAUUUCGUUCUCAGUUGGCAAGUGGAUAUUCGUCGGGUGCAUCAUAUUUUCCUUCUUACUUCUGGCAUACGAGGCGCGGAAGUCGAAGAAGAUCGUUGCUAGUCGGGAUAUCUCCUACGCCUUCACCAACAUCAUGGCACAACACUACUACUCUCUGAGAUCAUACGAUCACUUCUGCUUUUUCGAUCACUUGAGCAACUCUACCAAAAGAUCCGACGACUUUGCUUUCUGGAUCUUCUUCACAUUCAAGACGUGGAAGCAGCUCCUCCUUGCCGAUGGUCCCCGCCAGACCAUAAAUGCCAUCACCUUGUACGAGUUCUACCAGAGUAAGGCGGAUGACGGAGAUUGGUACGAUGUGGAGAAGUAUUUCCGCGGGAACAAGAACAUUUCGACCAGUAUCCUCACCGUCACGACACUGUUCACUGUGGUCAUCUUUCUCUUCGGUUUGGUCCAGCUUAUCUUGGCCGGUAUCGCGUACGUUCCCUGGCUGUGCUAUAUCCGAGGUAACUUGAAGGAAUACGUGUGUCACAAGGUCGACAAGCGUAUUGCUGAGGUUAUCAGGCGACGCAACAAGCAACGUCUGGCCAAAGCCCAAGCCCUGGCUAAGAAGGAGGCGGCUGGUGACUUCUCUCAUCUCAAGAAUAGCAAGGGUGAAAUAGUGAAACAAUUGCCUCAGCCUACCUUGCCCAACAUCUCCCUCGACGACGAUGAGGAUGAUUCCUCGUCGAUGCGCACCCGCGUUCCUCCCAGCCAGUACACCGCUCAGAACGACUACUAUUACCAUUCUGAUUAUAAAGCCGAGUACGACUAUCCACCCAUGCCGGCCUACGGAAAUCAGUAUCAGGGUGCUUAUGGUGCCUACAAUCAAUCCGCCACUACCUUUGCCGAUGACCAAAAGAUGUACGAUGACGACUACAGCAGCACUCACCAUCUAGCCCUCGGUGCUGCACCCUUCGCACAUCAGAACGACAGUCGGCCCUCAUCCCUACCCGAUCCAUACGCUACACCUCCUCAGCAUAAUGGCUACAUGGCGGAGCCGUGCGACGUCUACGCCGGGACUGCUCAACCCAUGCAUUAUGCAUCUCCAGACCAACAUAUGGGUGCGCCGUCUUACGAAGAGGCUACCCAGGACUAUCCUAGUCCAACAUCCGGCGGCCCUCCGCCCAGGUCACUUUCGGCGCAGAUGUCGCAACUUCAAUACAAUGACCAGCACGGGCACCCAGGACAUCAGCAGGGGUCCGGGCAGGGCGGAGGAGGGUACGCCUUAUAGAUAGCUGGAUGGACAGGUGGUACGCCUUCUGGCAGGCUAUGCUUGGUAUCUUGUAGCGCCUUGCUUACGCUGUUCCGCCUAUCAUCCUUGUACAUACCUUGUGACCAUAGUCUUCCCCUUGUCUACUACCAAAUAAUCGUAUUUCGGUGAUUCAUUGAGACUGAUGAUACGUAAACACACC